AUGGGUGCGCAAAUAGCCGACGCUCAGCUAGGUGCGCUAGUGGCCACCAUGGCACCGCUCUCCCUCUCAGGACUCAACCCGUUCCUCCACCCGUCUGCAGCGCCUCCCUUUGCGGCUGCCCUCGCUGGCGUCUCGGCCGACCUUCCGCCCAUCGAGGCCGUGUCGGGUGGUGCAUCAUCUCGUCUCUCGCCACAUCUGGUGCCGGCAGCAGAGGCACUCGCGCCGCUUGUUCGGGACUCGCUCCUCACUCCGCAUCCGUCCGCAGUUCAUCUCCGCGCAUCGGCGGUUCAGCUACUGGCCUGGAUCGCAGCCGCAGGCGCGCGCCCGCGUGCUGUGGCGGCUGCCGGCCUCAACACUCCACUUUAUCUCACCCUGCUGAGUAUGGUGGGCGCCGCAGAUGAGCCGCUGCCGGACGCAGAGUUAGCCCUGGUCGCUGCCCUGCUUGAUGCGCCAUUGGACGCUGCUGAGCGCGAUGCGCUAGCCGCGGUGGCGGCUGCCGACGCAGGUGCACUCGCCGCCCGCAUCCUACUCUCUGUCGAGAGCGGCAACGCGACUGAAAGCAUUACCACGGCGACUGCGCUUAUUGCUGCGGCUGGGCUCUCCAACUGCGGCGGAGUGCUGGGUGAUGCCAUCGGCUCGUUGAAUCUACCGCAGGUCACCCUCGCCAGCGCACUGGCGCAUCCGUCGCCGCGGGUUGCCGCGUCGGCGCUCUAUCUUGUCCUCUCCCAUUGCCUCGAGAGCCCGCUGGGGGCCUCGUUACUGGCCUCGCCCGAGGAUCUGGCGGCUGCGCUUGCGCUUGCGCUCGAGCUCGCAAGCCGCGCCCAUCUGGUUGUGCCUGGUGUGACAUCGCUGGUGGCCAAGGCGCCUGACAUUGUUGCCGCCGCGGUUGACUCGCACGACUUUCGCGCCCGUCUCUGUGCUCUCGUCACUGACCUCGUCAAUGUCCCCAGCAGUGCCGCACUGCUUGUUGUCCUUGCUGGGCCGGCUGAAGCGGCGGUGGUCCAGGUUCUUGGUGAGGUCGACACAUCGGCGGCUCUCGAGCGGGCGCUGGCUGCGGCGACCACACCGGUCGACGCGUUGCCGCUGCUGGACUUGUGCGCGCUUGCGCUCGGCUCGCACUGUGCGACCGGGACCAAGAUCCUCGGUUCAGUCCUCAGCAUGCCGGCCAGGCUUCGUGCAUCGCACGACGCGGUGUGCCGAUCAGUCUCUGCGCUCGCGCUCGCUGCGCUCCGUGAUCCGAUUCUAGCCACGCUUGUCGAGCCCCCAGUCGCCGACCUAGUCACGGCGGUUGAGGCUGCGCUCUCAGCCCGAGCCCCGACCGCUGCCGUGGCCAUACUCCAGGUACUCGAUGUAUUGGCGGGGGACUGUGGAGACGCAUCUGCGGCAGCAGCGCUGGCGACGCUGACCUCGACCUCGUCGACGGAGCUCAUUCGCGCACUGCUAGUCACUGCCACCGCGUCGCCGACUGUGGAGCUCGGCGCGUUCGCGCUCUCGCUCAGCGUCUCGCUCCUCACUGCACCGUCGUCAGCGCAGCUCCAAGCCGCUGGCUUUGCAUCGGUGGCGCGCGCGGCGCACACUGCAAACCGGUCGGAAAAGACGGCGCGCCUUGCCGCAAAGGCCGAAGCCCAGGCUGUCGGACGGGUGCGGAUCCAGCUUGAUGCGCUCCGUGCUGCCGUCUGCCUCGCAAGCUCCGGUCACGGCACCGGCGUGGUCAUCCCAGACUCGCGAACUGUUGCCGAGUCGAGCGCUGAGCUGCGAGCGAUGUACGAUGAGCUUGUGGGCGCGCGCGAACACGCGCUCUCGCAGGUUAUGGGCAUUGCCGAGGCCGAGACCAACACGCUGGCAUCGGAGCUGGCGGCAACCAAGACUUUCCUCGGUGAGCUUGCCGCCGCCGAGGAGGCCGCGCGCAACGACGCCACGGCCGCGGCACACCGUGCCGCAUCGCUUGAGGCCGAAAUCAAAGCCAUGACCGAAAACCACGACACGGCGCUGGCCUCGCUCAACGAACUUUCGUUGCGGAUGGACAAUGCCGCCGCACUCCGUGCCCACGUCGGCGAGAUUACCCGCCAGCUGGCGCAGGCACGGUGUGACGCCGAUGAGGCCCGUGCCGCGAUCGAGCACCACAAGGACGCCGCCCGCGACGCGGUUGUCCGCAUGGCCAAGACCCGCAAGCUCUACGACGAGCUCACGGUCAUGCACGCCGAGCUCUCGGCCUCGGCCGAAGCCGCCAUCACUGCCGCCGAGACCGAGCGUGGCCAUCGCACCGAUGCCGAGCAUCAAGUCACGCUUCUCACUGCCGAGAUCGAGGCGCGGACGAGCCAGCUUGCCAACGUCCGCGGCGAGCUCGCUGCCGCUCGUGACGAGCUCGUUGCCCGUGGCGAAGAGCUCAACGGAUGGCGGCACCGCUACGACACGCUCCGUGCCGAUCACGACGUUCUCCGCAGCCUCGUCGACUCGGUCGCAGCACUCACCGCCCCGUCAUCGCCCGACGACGAGUCACGUCGCCGCAAAUAAAAGAUCGCCC